AUGGAAGAAUUUCAAGGAUAUUUCGAACUAGAUAGAUCUCAGCAACACGAUCUCCUAUACCCACUUAUCUUUCGGGAGUAUAUUUAUGCAUUUGCUCAUGAUCAUGGUUUAAAUGGAUCGAGUUUGCUGGAAAAUGUAGGUUAUGACAAUAAAUCUAGUUUACUAAUUGUAAAACGUUUAAUUACUCGAAUGUAUCACCAGAAUCAUUUGAUUAUUUCCGCUAAUGAUUCUGACCAAAAUAAAUGUUUUGGGUACAACAAGAAUUUGUAUUCUCAAAUGAUAUCAGAGGGAUUUGCAGUCAUUGUGGAAAUUCCAUUUUCCUUACGAUUCCUACGAUUAGUAUCUUCGAGGCCAGAAAUCAUAAAAUAUUCUAAUUUACGAUCAAUUCAUUCAAUAUUUCCAUUUUUAGAGGACAAAUUCCCACAUUUAAAUUAUGUAUCAGAUGUACGAAUACCCUAUCCCAUUCAUCUGGAAAUCUUGAUUCAAACCCUUCGCUAUUGGGUGAAAGAUGCCCCUUCUUUGCAUUUAUUACGGCUUUUUCUUCACGAGUAUUAUAAUUGGAAUAGUUUUAUUACUCCAAAAAAAUCUAUUUCUUUUUUUUUGAAAAGUAAUUCAAGAUUUUUCUUGUUCCUAUAUAAUUCUCAUGUUUAUGAAUACGAAUCCAUCUUACUUUUUCUCCGUAACCGAUCUUCUCAUUUACGAUUAACAUCUUCUGGGGUAUUUUUUGAGCGAAUUUAUUUCUAUGGAAAAAUAAAACAUCCUGGACAAGAAGUCUUUUCUAAUGAUUUUCCGGCGGUCUUAUGGUUCUUCACGGAGCCUUUCAUGCAUUAUGUUAGAUAUCAAGGAAAAUCGAUUUUGGUUUCAAAAGAUACGCCUCUUCUAAUGAAUAAAUGGAAAUAUUUUCUUGUCCUUUUAUGGCAAUGUCAUUUUUAUGUGUGGGCUCAACCAGGAAGGAUCUAUAUAAACCAAUUAGCCAACCAUUCUUUCGGCUUUUUAGGCUAUCUUUUAAGUGUGCGACUAAAUCUUUCAGUGGUACGGAGUCAAAUGCUAGAAAAUUCAUUUAUAAUGGAUAAUGCUAUAAAGAAGCUUGAUACAUUAGUUCCAAUUAGCCCAAUGAUUGGAUCAUUGGCUAAAAUGAAAUUUUGUAACGCAUUAGGACAUCCUGUUAGUAAGUCGACCUGGGCCGAUUCGGCAGAUUUUGAGAUUAUCGACCGAUUUGCCCGUAUAUGCAGACAUCUUUCUCAUUAUUUCAGCGGAUCCUCAACAAAAAAGAGUUUGUAUCGACUAAAAUAUAUACUUCGACUUUCUUGUCUUAAAACUUUGUCUCGUAAACACAAAAGUACUGUACGGGUUUUUUUGAAAAGAUUAGGUUCGGAAUUAUUGGAAGAGUUCUUUACGCAGGAAGAAGGGGUUCUUUCUUUGAUUUUUCCAAGAACUUAUUCGACUUUUCGAAGGUUAUAUAGAGGGCGAAUUUGGUAUUUGGAUAUUGUUUGCAUCAAUGAUCUGGUCAAUCAUGAAUGA